UGUGAACCCAAUAACAAUAGUUAGUACCAAAAUAAAAGUUUCCAGGUUUCUGUGUCACGGUUUAGCUAAGUUGGGUUGGUAUCAUCCCAGCAACAAUUACAAUAUAAAAGGCCAGCAGAGGCAGCACGCUAGCAAUGUGCACACAUUACUAAUUAAUCAUCAGUAUAUAUUCUUCUUCAUUCCUAGCUAGAUGGCCGAUGAUCUGGCUCUUCUAGAAUACAAGGCUUUUGUUAACUCAGAUGGACAAGAUGCAGACCAUCUUCUUCCUUCAUGGGUUAAUGACCCAGAGGAUGACUGUUGCAAAUGGGAGAGAGUCGAUUGUGACUCCACCACAGGCCAUGUGAUCAAGCUCUCCCUCAGCAAUACCAGGCAGUUUGAUGUACUUUCUUCUAACAUGUAUAAUCCCAAAAACAGCUGGCAUUUAAACAUCUCCUUGUUUCAGCCAUUAAAAGAGCUAAGAAGUCUCAAUUUAUCCUUCAAUGUAAUUGCUGGCUGGAUACAGAACAAAGAAUUAUCUGUUCUUGAGAACUUAGAAGAGUUGGAUUUAGGAUCCAACAUACUAAAUGGCUCGUCAGCUGCACAAGAUGUAACAAGUUUGUCCAAGCUGAGCAAGUUGAAGUACCUAUAUUUGAAGGAUAAUAUUUUGAAUAAAGAUAUUAUCAGAAUUUUGGGCACUCUUCCAUCCCUUAAAUUACUCGACCUUUCAAGAAAUUGGUUAAAAGGAUCAAUUUCCAAUAAAGAAUUCGGUAAGUUGAGCAAUGUGGAGGUGCUUACUUUGAGUCAGAAUGGCCUCAGUGGAAACUUGCCAAUUCAAGGUUUCACAAGACUAAAGAUAUUAGAUUUGAGUCAGAAUCAAUUCAGUGGGGGCAUCCCUCCAUUUGUUGGGCCACUUCAUUCUCUAAAAGCAUUGUCUUUGUCUUCUAAUUUUCAACUUAAUGGCUCCUUACCAAAUCCUGGUUUGUGUGGAUUAAAGAGGCUUCAAGAGUUGGAUCUGAGCCAAAAUAGUUUUGAAGGGACACUUCCUCCCUACCUAAACAAUUUGACAUCUCUUAAACUUUUAGAUAUCUCUGACAACCACUUCACUGAAAACCUUUCCUCAGAUUUGAUGCGAAGGCUCCCAUCAUCCCUCGAAUUCAUGGAUCUUCGUCACAACAAUUUCCAAGGCUUAUUCUCCUUUAGCUAUAUUGAAAAUCAUUCCAAGCUUGAGGUAUUCAUGCUUACAGGCAACAAAGAUAGACUACAAAUUGAUGCUCAAAGUCUUGGUUGGAUCAAUCCAUUGUUUCAAUUGAAGGCAUUGGUACUCUCUGAUUUGCAUCUAAAUAGCAUUCCAGAGUUUCUUUUUUGCCAACAAAGGUUGAGAGUAAUUGAUCUCUCUCACAACAAGUUGAAAGAAGAAUUCCCUAUUUUGCUGCUGCAAAACAAUUAUGACCUCAAAUUUAUGAAUUUCAGGAAUAACUCUUUUGUUGGUGCUCUACCAAGUAGUCUAGGGAACGUGCGUGAUUUGUCCGAGUUGGAUUUGUCAUUCAAUAAUUUCCUAGGAGAAGUUCCUAAAGAAUUGCUUGUAGGGUGUCGUGGUUUGCAACAACUAAUAUUGUCGCACAAUAAACUUGGUGGUGAGAUUUUCUCAUCUGAAUUCAACUUUAGUAAUUUGAUGCUGCUGGAGUUGAGCAAUAAUGAAUUCAUUGGAAGCCUAUCAAAUGUGAAGAUUGAGACAUUGGCCAUAUUUGAUGUUAGCAACAACAACAUGACAGGUCCAAUUCCCACCUGGAUUAAUACAGUAAGUUGGAAAAUUCCAUUAAGGAAUAACUCUUUUGAAGGCCAAUUUCCAUGCCAACAACUUAUGUCUCCGUUGCUUUUUCUUGACCUUUCUCAAAAUUUUCUUUUUGGUCCUCUACCUACUUGCAUUGAUUUCACCACAAUUUGGGAGAUUCAUUUAGAAGGGAACAAAUUCACUGGAUUGUUGCAAGAGUUUCUUCCGAAUUCCCCAACUAGUCUUUCUGUGUUGAAUCUCAAAGAUAACAGCUUGUCCGGUUUCAUUCCAGACCUAAAUGGUACGUUUUUGAAUCUGAAACAUCUUCUAUUGGGAAAAAAUUGUUUAAAAGGUUCGAUCCCAGAGACAUUGUGUUUAUUGGAAAAUAUGACCAUAAUGGAUUUUUCUAGCAACUCUUUGUCUGGAACAAUACCUCCUUGUUUCCAAAAUUUGACCUUUAGGGUGAUGGAGAAUUAUGGUAAAUCUCCUGCACAAACUAUCUCGUUUCACAUCCAGUUUACUGAUGAAGAUCACAUAUAUGAAGAUCUCCUGAAGAAGAAUCUAAACCUCUUCAUAUAUGUUCCGACUAUAGAAGAACUGAUCCAUAAGAUUCAUCUGGUUACUAAAAACAGGGAAAGAUCUUAUGAGGGUAGUAUACUAAAUUUAAUGUCUGCUCUUGACAUGUCUGAUAAUGAUUUGGAUGGAGAAAUUCCUCAACACUUUGGAGUGUUAUCUCAAAUUCGUUCUUUAAACUUAUCUCAUAACUGGUUGACGGAUCCUAUUCCAACUACUUUGUCGAUGCUACCAAAUAUUGAAAGCCUGGACCUCUGCUGCAACAAUCUAAGUGGAAAACUUCCUCCAGAGUUAACCAACCUGAACUUCUUGGAGGUCUUCAAUGUCUCAUACAACAACUUAUCCGGAGAGAUUCCAUUUUCAAUGAUGAUACCACAGUUUUCAACAUUUGACCAUAGCAGCUAUGAAGGAAAUCAGUUUCUCUGCGGGCCGCCUUUGGAGAAAGGUUGCAUAAAUGAUACUGAGACACCACGGUUAAAAUCAUCGCCAUCUGAUUCAAAUAAAGGAAAAUGGUAUGAAAUUGAUCUUGCUGCUUUUCUUGCAUGUUUUUUUCCAGUAUAUCUGGUUUUCUUUCUGUUAAUGGUGUCCCUUCUCUACAUCAACCCUCAUUGGCUAACAAGGUCACUUUAUUUCAUCGAUCAUUAUUAUUCCAAGCUAGUAGUUGCUCUCCGGAUCUGCUAUUAUUCGAGAUUUCAAGUUGUUAAAGCUUGUUAAUGGCCAUCCUAUUAUUGUACAUGGACUGUAGCCAUUCUAUACAUAGUUCUUGCAUGUGUAAGACCAUGUAAUCAUUUUAGUCCUUAGGCCAUGAAUAACUCUUGGUUCUUGUACAAUCAUUAUGUAAAAAACUAGCCUAUACCAGUGUUCUUGCAAUUAAGUUGAAAGUCAUGA